GAAAGAAUGCAAGAAUUUGAAGAACAAAUAGAAGAAUCUAUACAGAUUUUUAAUUAUUUAAACCCAUUUAGACAAAGUUUUAAAGAAAGAUAUAAUAUACCAGAAAAUCUUCAAUUUAGGAAAAGAGAAGAUAAUACAUGGAAUAGAGAUGAACCGAUUAAUAUAUCAAGGGAACAAGGACAAAUACCAU